AUGCAGAAAACUGACUUACAAGGACUAGAAGAAUCUGACACGGAAGCACAAUAUGAGCUACCUCUUUCCGACUAUGAGGAAGUGAACAAGAGAGAAAAUUCCAAGAAACGUCAAAAGCGUGCUGGGUUGGCAUGCGUUCGGUGCCGAAGACGCCAUGUUAAAUGUCCCGGUGGCAAUCCAUGCAGCAAGUGUGUGGCGACAAAGGUAGCCUGCGAAUAUUUGGAGCCUAACAAAAAAUUGGUGGUUUCCAUGAAGUAUCUUCAAAAAUUGCAAUCUGAUUUGGCGGACAUGAAGCGAGAGAACAUCAAGUUACAGGCCACCGCCAAUCAAGCAGCAUCGGUAACCGAACCUACAGAUGAUCCCAGUUUGGCCCUACUGGGUGUGAAAUUCAGCAAAAAUUCUGUUGUGUCUAAUAUAGAUGAUGAAGAAAUUGUUCCUAAUUUCGCCGAAAGACGUGGUCGUCUUGUAGCAUCCAGAACAGGUCAACAGUAUUUUGUCGGAUCUUCUUCCAUGACUUUGUUCGGUAUGGAGAUUCAGUCGCUAAUAGCGAACACUCUCAACAAGAAUUCGGAAGACAAGGAUUUCAGCACGCUCGCGGACGAAGUAAAAGACCCCAUAGCACUGCCAGAACCAAUAGAUGAGGUUCUCCAGGAAGAAGGAAAUGCUUACAAGAUUAUUUUGGCUAAAAAUGAAGGAAACGACGACAUUAGUGUAUACUUUACGCUUCCGUCGUACUCAUACGCAGUUUUGCUGGUGGACACUUUCAUUACCUACAACGACGGAUGCUUUUAUUUUUUUAAUGAGGGUAUCGUAAAGGAACAAUUGAAAGCCGUGUACGAUGGUGCAACAAACUUUGAUGAUCAUACUUUGCAAACAAUAUGGUUUUGCAAAGUAUUACUUAUUUUUGCGACGGGUGAAAUGUACUUAGGCAUUUCCAACAAUUCAAAUGGAACAAGACCAUCUUCUAAAGACGGAACAAGACUGCCAGGAUCUGGAUUUUUUGAACAGGCUUCAAAAAUAUUCAGCUGCCUAUUCUCAAGUGGGCGAAUUGAGAAUGUUACAAAAGUAGGCGGUCUCGAAGUAAUGUUGUUGUAUGCCUUUUAUUUGCAAGUGGCUGAUUGUACGGUGUCCUCUUACUUCUAUUUCGGUCAGGCCCUACGCGCUUGCUUGAUUAUGGGUUGGCACGUUGAUGCACAAAGAGAUAUCAUAUCAAGAUUUGAGUUAGAACAUCGACGUCGCCUUUGGUGGACUGUUUACAUGUUUGAGAGAAUGUUAAGUAGUAAAGCUGGACUUCCGUUAAGCUUUGCAGAUGAGACUAUCACCACCGAGCUGCCAGAUGAUUUUAAUAUGUCAUCCCCACCGCCCAAUUGUGAAAAUUACAUUUUUCCGGAGGCGGAGUUCAUAACAAACUGCGUCAAGAUAACUCAGAUUAACGCUCAGAUAUUGAACAAGCUAUAUCAAAGAUUACCGGGCUCCAACAUUCUGCCAAUCUUGAAGGAGAUCGUUGUACAGCUUUUGGACUGGAGAAAGACGCUUUCUAGCUUUCUUCAGGUAGAUUUUAAGCAGAAGGAGCUCAAAAUAUCGAGACUCUGCACGAAUGUUUUUACAGAAUAUUUCCAAGGCAUGAAUUUGGCAAUCCGACCGCUCCUUUUCCAUUUCGCUUCCAUAAAGUUGAAAAGCUUGAACACUUCCAAAUCUUACAUUAAUCUACAAAACUACUCAAAGACAAUAUCUUCACUAUUGAACUGUUCUUUGCAAGCAUCUAUCAAUACCAUCAGAUCUCUCUGGUACCUGAAGCUCCAAAACAUGGUUGCGCUGUUUGGAUACAUGGAUCGAGAAUAUUUGUUCACGUCUGCAUGCACUCUAGUCCUUUUUAAUGCUGCCUUUGGUAUAUACGAUCAAACUGCUGAACACUUAGACCAUGCACUGCUGAUAUUCACGAAGAUGCGAAAUUUAGGGAAUAAUCCCGCUGGACUGCGACGCGCACAAGUGUUGAAACUGAUGUGCAACUUAGAUUUUCAAAAUAUCAUGAAGAAACUUAUAGAAAAGCAUCAUGAUGAUUUGAGACCUGAUGUCCAAUUUGGGGAUCAUGGCGAGAAAGAAGUUAGUAUAAUAUCUCGUCCAUCCACGAACUUCUCAAAAUCGAGUCCACCGAUCCCCAAUCGAACAGAGGAACCUAGGACUGCAGAUGUGAAGUCUAGGAUGCAAAUUGCUGAAAAAAAUACAACUUCAUUCGAGCCGCUCUCUUUGGAGACCACUGGUGAAAUUCAAAGAUUUUUAGAUGGUCUAGAAAACGUUGGCUCGUUCGAGAAUGCACUCUGGAAAGAAAUAUCAGAUCAAGCGAUGUGGCUGGGAAGCGCGAUGGAUCCAACGGGUACAGUGGGAGAAGAAAAUAUCUUCAAUGACGUUUAA